AUGAGCCUCGUAGGAUCUUCAGAGAGUCUUGUUCUAUCUUUUGUUAGUGGGGUUUGGAUGGAUCAAUCUUUUCCUCUCAAGCCUUCUUAUCAACAUCUUGUUCAAGGUCUUUACAAGGCUCAAGCCAACACUGUUGAUUUUCAACACAGAGCUGAUGAAGUUAAGGAUGAGAUUAAUAGAUGGGCAGAAAAUGAAACCAAAGGCCUCAUCGAGGAUCUUGUGAGCCGUCUUAGUGGUGAUUUAAGGAUUGUCCUAGCAAAUGCGCUCUCCUUCAAAGGAACUUGGGAGAGGAUGUUUGAUGUAUCCCGGACGAGAAACAGAGAUUUUCACCAACUCGAUGGUGAAAAAGUUUCAGUCCCUUUUAUGACCUCUGCAUAUUCCCAAUUUUUUGGAUCCUUUGAUGGUUUCAAACUUGUCAAGAUCCCAUAUCAAAAGGGCGAAGAUGGAAGGCAAUUCUCAAUGUACAUAUUUCUUCCGAAUGAGAGAGACGGGUUGCAAAAUUUGGUACAAGAAUUGGAGUCUAAUCAUUGGUUCUUGCACCAGCUGUCCAAUCUAAGAAAAGUUCAACUUAGUGCCUUCUUGAUUCCAAAAUUUAAGUUCUCGUAUGAUUUUGAGUCUGAAGCCAUCAUCAAAGGUUUGGGAUUGACGAGGCCUUUCGAACCUCGUGGAGAGCUCACAGAAAUAUCAACUUGUUCGGAUAACAAGUUCCUUCAUUUCUCAAAGGUUAUUCAAAAUUGUUAUAUAGAAGUGAACGAGGAAGGAACAGAGGCUGCAGCUGCUACCAUAACGGGAUUGACGGGCUGUUCUCGUUAUAGUGUGCCACCUCCAAAGCCAACCUUUGUGGCUGAUCAUCCUUUCGUCUUCAUGAUUAUGGAAGAAACAUCUGAUUCACUGGAGCUGUAA